GUGUUUAGGGCUUUAUGCAGAAGUCUGUGCUCUGGCCUUUAGCGUUUGGUUGAGUGCGUUCAACGAACACAGCAAGAAAAUGGCGUAUGGGUACACCCUUCUACCUAAAGCCAUAUACCGAACUGAACUGAACUGAACGAACACAGCAGUUGCACAUUUACUGAUCGUUUUGUUCUGCUAGUCAUUAGUGAAGUCUUCUUUCUCUCAUGGCGUUAUCCGGCAAAUCCAGAAAUGUGAAAUUAGUACCUUGGUUUUCUUUAGCCGAAUGGCACGAUGCUUAUAAGAAAAUCUACUCCAACGAUACUGCAGAACAGACAAAAGCGUACGAAACGCUUCUAGCAUGGAAGGCCAGGAUACCGAAAUUACCGAUAGGCGUUGACAAUACUCUCUCGAUCUUACAAGUUUGCCUUCGUGAUCGUGAUUGGACGUCUAAGAUUGACAAUAGAGAAUUGCCAAUGUAUUGUGAGAAUGAUUUAAGUUUAAUGUAUUCCACUGCGAUAAUGAGAUUUUUAAAUCACAUAUCGUCCAUAGAACAUAUGAAACAAACAUCUCUCUUUCGUAUCGCGAAGCAAUUGAAAAUUCCUGAGUGGAUAGUUGGUCUAAGACACAAUGCUGCUCAUGGACAUGAAUUACAACCUCUUGGUGUAUUAAGAAUAGCAAUAAAUGUAUUGCUUGAAUGGUUACAUGAGGAAUAUUGGGCUCCUGAAGCGUCUGCAAUGGAAAAACGUUAUGCAAAGAAAGAUAAUACAUUAGAAGAGGAAGAAGAUCUGAAUAAUAUACAGGCCUUUGGAGAUCUAAUUGAGCUUUGGACAAGUGUUGGUUUAUAUGUUCAUGCUGGUUAUAAAUUUGUAUUAGAUCUACCAGAUGAAAACUUACAGGAAACACUACAAGAUUUACAGAAAUAUGUGUUGUCCAAUAACAAUAGAAACUUAGAUAAUAUUGAGGAUAAACAUAUACAAAUCGAUAAAGACAUAAAAAAUACACAAACUUACACUUUGAGGGGUGCACAGACUUUACUUGUAUUUGAGAUAUCUGCAUAUUUAUCGAAGAACUUAUCAGUACUUGAGAGAAAUGAUACAAUUUGUAAAGUAUUGUGCGGAAAUAGAAUUUUCUUACCUGAUUCAGAUAUUAUACAAAUUUUCCUGCCAAAAGGACAACAUGAAUGUGAAAUGAAUGAUAAGUUAAUACCACCCAGUAUGCUACAGUUUUGGAAAGAUAUUAUUAUUUUAUUGCAUAAGAAAGAAUUAUUAAAAGUGCUGAUAUUUAAGCUGGUUGACAUCUUGAAUGAAAAGUAUGAAAUUAAGGAAAGGAAGACAUAUGUUGCUUUAUGGUUAAAUACUAUUAUUCAUAGUUUUAUUCAACUUGACUUGGCUCAAAAUGUCUGUCGUACUAUGGAAUAUGAAUUAGGAAAACAAUUGUCUACAAAAGAUCUAAGUCAGCGUGUCAAAGUAUAUAUACACAGUAAAUAUCCUUAUUUGCAAGAUAUUUUGUGGAUAGACAUAUCAAGCACUGUACCAUGCUUUCUUCUUGACACACAUUUUAUGUCAAAACUUUUAUUGAGUGCAAAUGAAUUCUCUGUGGAAUUCAUAAAAUCACUUUUGAAAUUUUUUACACCAGAUAUAGAUGAGAAUACAAAAAGAUAUUUGUUAAAUGUACUGAAAAUUUACACAUCUCAAGAAUAUAACAAUGAUGAAAACCAUAGUAUUAGCGAAAAAAUAUACACUGUUGACAACCUCCGUGCAAAUAUGGUUGAACAUGAAACAUUAAUGCAUGAGGAAAAAUGUAAUGAAGAUAGGACUUGUCUGUUAGCAGAUAAAACGAUUCGCAAUUUACAUUGGAAGGCAGCAUUUGACACUUAUCAAUGGACUAAUUGUCCUAUUGGCUUAUUGCCAUGGCAAGAUUCAUUGGAAAGUUUAGAACUACUUAAACCAGAAUUACCAAAUCAUUCAGCUGCAAUUAUGGAAUCGCAGAUAAUUGCUGGUAUUGUGAACAAUAAGAAUUUGAAAAUGAAAAGCCGUAUUAAUUGGAAAAAAGUAUUGCAAAUGAAGAGAGGAAAGAGGAAACGUGACGAGGAUGUCGCGCAUGUUAUAUUGAAGAAAGCAUUAGAAACUGCUAAGAAGCAGGAUUAUCUCAAUUAUGAGGAAAAUUUGUUAAAUCUGAAAUGUCAUUCACAUAUAUAACUGUUAUAUAGAAAGUUAUGAAGAAAUAUACCACUUAUCAAUAAAUAAAAUAAAUUU